AUGAUAGUGAGUGGAAUGGAGAAGAGUGACUUUCAGAACGAGAAGGGAGUAAGGACUAAGACAGUCAGGACGGCAACUCAAGGAGGAAACAGAUGUCAUUUUUUCUCUCUGAUUGUGUUGCUGGUCUUCACCUUCUCAGCCGCAACCUCAGCUGCCAAAGUCUCUUUGGAAGAAAAGGAUCAGCACACAGAUGUUGCUGAGCCCCAUCGGGGUGGUGAUUACCGCGGUCUUGAACGUCUGUCCACUCGCACGAUCAGACCUCUAGGCUUUUCCCUAGGGCACCAUGGAAAAGUUCCUGAGACACUGAGGCCGAAACCAGAAACACUGAGUCCCGGACCUCUACAGCCCCUGCAAGAACCUACAAUCAAGUUCUAUUCCUCUAACAGACAAUCCCCGCAGCAAACUUUCUCGACGGAAGGUGUGCUGGAACCCCCUCCCAAAGAAUCCGAGCGACUUAAAGACAGGAUUACCCAACAGAUCCAGACUCGACUCGGGGCACAGAAUCGCCAGGGCCCGCAGCAACAAGUGCAACUCUCAGCGAGGACAUCAGGAACAGCUCCGGACGCAGCUUUAUGGACAGCAGCGAUUCACUCCCCGAGGGGAAACGACCCUGUUAAUAGACAGGGUGGAAAUAUGGCAUUCAAUGUCCAAAGUCUGCUCGUUAACCCUUCCACUCGUGCCCAAACGCAGAAACCACAGGUUGAUAUCAUUGGAGGUGUCGGUAACCCCGCACUCAUGGGCGUUCCCAUUAAUUUGGGAAACUCUAACAGCUACCUCGUCCCUUCUGAUAACAGGAAAACAACUCCACAACCACUUUUUGGUGGCGUUGGGGACAGCCUUCGACAAUCGUCACCCUUAGUGUUCAGUGGAUCGCUUGGUAACAACAACAAGCAAUUUGUGUCUCUCAGGAAUCAGUCACCCGUCCAUACUGCUUCGCCAUUAACCAUCCAGAGCCAAAGUACCCCAUCUCUUAAUGGUUUUGGUAGCCUAAGUAAUCCAAGUCUUGCUGCUCAGUCAAGUCUUCUGUCUGCGUCACAACCCGCUAACUUUAACCAACUCGUGAAGGUCAUGCAAGCUGCGUUUGAUACUAACCCAUCUUUAAGAAAUUACAUGCUUCGUUUAUUAUCUUCAGUCAAGACCCCAUCAUCUGGCAUUGGUUCUUCCUUGGGUCCUCUGAGUCCUCAGAUUUCUCAACAUGAUAGCGCUCUCAGUUUAAAUGCUGCAAUACAAAAUUUGGGCCAGACACCAGCACCCCAUCAGUCCAAGCAACAGAGUAAUGCCGGACAAUUAUCUCAAUAUUAUCAGCAAAGCUCCCUGAAUCCCGCAUAUCAAUAUCAACAAAAUAAUUUCCCACUGCGUAUUCCUGGCGCUUUCCAUAGCGAUGCCCUUCCACAGGCUUCGUCGCCCCCGAUCCUUCCUGCCGACCAGCCAUACUUCCCAGCCGAACACAGCCCCCUGAGUAUCGUCAACUCGCCUGCUGCUGACAGCCAAAAUGACAUCCUUGGCACUCCUGCCAUUAGCCCCACUGCGCAGAUUACGCCGGAGGCUGCAACAGUCGGUUACUCCAACGUUCAAGGCUGCAUUAAAGACACCUGGUGUGCUUUGGCCUUGGCUGCUGCUGUUGCUAUUGGGGCAACCUCUACCCUCGCUGUUCCAUUUUUGGCACCGGCACUUUUUGGCCGUCGAAGGAGGGACCUGCAGUACCUGGUCUUCUCACAGGAGGAGGCGCCGGUGUUCACCGACCACUUCAUGAGGUUUAUGAAAGGUGACAUGACCGACAUACCAGAAGAAGAGGUAAUGUUAUUCAGGUCACUAAAGGAUCCAGCAGACAAUCGAGUAAAAAGGAUGUUCGAAAAUGUAAAGCAUUUCAUCAUUUCUAAUGAAGAGAAGCUUCUAAAUAUCACUAUACAAGAAAUAAAGAAUGAGAGACACAUUCUCAUUCCAGAUGAUAUACUAGAGAGAAUAAGUAACAAAAGUCGCGAGAGUUUGCAUGAAUCCAUCGCAGUAAUGUUGGACCUUGAAACCCGAAACAAAAGUGAAAACCACUCAGAUACUGAAGCAAAUAUAGCAUCAUCUGAUCUGCCAAACUCAUUGACGGUGUACAGGCCGCAGGAAGUCUAUCAACCGGUAACAGAAGCAAUAUACAUUCCAGGUUUGGAUUACAGCACAAUGGUAAAUCGACCAGUAGUUAGUAAUUCUGGACAAGGAUCGGUACAAGUCCAGAAACCAAUGUAUGCAAAUACUGCUCAAGGAUAUCAAAAUUUAAUUUACCCUCACCUAGCAAUCCAACAACAAAGACUACAACAUUAUUUUUCACCAUACUACAGUAACCCCCUAGCUCUUCAGACUUAUAACAGUAACUCGCACAACUUGUAUGGACACUCGUAUCCUCAAUAUGGCCACAACAUCCCUUUGCACUUCAGCUCCUCCGGGAACAGAGACAGCUUCCCGGUAAAUUAUCACCCCCAUUCACGUUUUGGUCACCAUCACUACCCAGGGAAAGGACAACAGAACGAUGUUCUUGUGAUCCCCAACCCCGCCACACAACAGCAGAGGCCCUUGAUGAGUCCUGAUGCAGUGACGUUCUACCGAGAGGUGUGCUUAGCCGUGAGACAAGAUGAUGUGCCCAAUAAUGAGAUAACUAGAUUUAUCUCUCAAAAAUGCGCUCUGUUCUACUAUUCUGGAAUCAUUUGAACACAACGGCGUCGUCGGAUGUGCCACAUAAUGAGAGCCAGAUUUGUCUCUCAAAAAUGUCUCUGUUCUACCUUCUUAGGAUGAUUUGAACACUGGCAUUGUCGGAUGUGCUUCCUCGCUCAAUUUGAAGAUGAAAUCAUCCUAGGACGGUGACUGUUUUAAAGACUGGGCAAGAUUAAAGAACGGUAAUUACCUGUGUCCACUGAAAAGCCAUUUUCCUGUACAAAGUUGUAUAUAGUAUUAUUUGUUUAGUUCCUUAUUUACUUCUAAUAAAUCAGAGAGUUGCAUUGUGGGCAGUUAUUCGCAAAAUAGUUCAGGAUCAUUGUUAUUUGUUCACCUUCAAUGUGUUCAAG